CACUCUACGUACCUCUCUCCUUUCUCCCGCUCUCAUUCUCACCGUCAGUCCGUCACCGACACACAGAUCAUGGCGUCGGCUGACUCCCUCAACCCAGUCACUCAAGUUCAACUAGAGCUCUGCCACAUCCCCCCGGCGCUUCCUCCCUCCGACGACAUUUUAACCUUCCCUCUCACCGUCUUCGACCUCUACUGGUUCCGUACCCCGCCCGUGGAACGCCUCUUCUUCUACCCGCUUCCUCCCCGAAAUUCCACCCUCGACUUCUUCACCUACGUCCUCCUCCCAAGCCUCAAGCUCUCCCUCUCCGCCACCCUUUCCCACUUCCUCCCGCUCGCCGCCACUCUCACAUGGCCUGUCGAUUCCCCCAAGCCCUUCCUCCUCUACGCUCCCUCAUCCAGCGCCGUCGGAGGAGUUCCCCUCACCGUAUCCCAAUCCGCCGCCGACUUCCACCACCUCGCCUCCGACGUUUCCCAAAUACGCAGCGCCGACUUGUCCCGCCCGUUCGUCCCCGUCUUGCCAUCUACCGACUCUUCGGCCGCCGUCGUCGCGCUCCAGAUCACGUUGUUCCCGGGCCAAGGGUUUUGCGUCGGGAUGACGUGUCACCACGCCGUCCUCGACGGUAAAUCCGCCAGCCUCUUCUUCAAGGCCUGGGCCCACUCAUCCAAGUUCCCCACGGCCGCGCUGCCCCAAGAACUCACCCCGUUUCUGGACCGGUCCUUCGUCGUCCACGACCCAGACGACAUGGGCCGGGCCUACCUCGACUGCCGGGCCCAACCGGGUAACCCCGACCGGAGAAGCUUGAAGCUUCCACGGUUCACAUUCGCGCCCGAGUUGGUCCGGGCGACAUUCCUGCUCUCCCGAGAACGACUCCAGACCCUAAGGCAAAGGGCCAUGAUGACGAAAACGACGACGUCAUCCAGCCGUAAGAUGACACGUCUGUCGAGUUUCGUGCUGACCUUCGCCCACUCGAUUGUUUGCAUCGUGAAAGCCAAACGGCUGUCGGCGGAAGGAGUGGUUCACGUCGGCUUCAUGGCGGACGCCAGAGGCCGGCUGAGGCCCUCCCUGCCAGCAAACUACCUAGGGAACUGCCUCAUCGGCAAGUCGGCGCUGAUGGAAGUGAAACCGCUGCUGGAAGAAGAAGAAGAAGAAGGAGGAGGGAUGGGUUUUGCUGUGGAGAGGAUCAGCGGGAUGAUCGAUGAGUUGGAGGAAGAGGGAGGUCGUCGGCUGACGGAGAUCCCGUCAACCUUUGACGGGAAGAUGGAGGCGAGCCGAGGUGUGUUCAUCGGGGUCGCUGGGUCCCCCAGGUUCGGGCUGUACGAAGCUGAUUUCGGGUGGGGGAAGCCCAAACACGUGGAGGUGACGUCAGCCGCAAGCAUUUCGAUGGCGGAGUGUAGGGAUGGGAGCAAUGGAAUCGAGGUUGGAUUGGCUCUCAUCGCGGACCAAAUGGACUUCUUCUCUUCCUCCUUUGCUGGCUAAGUUAGAUCGGAAUGGAAAUGCUACCUCGUUUGGUUACCGAUUAUUUACAUUCAGUUAAUCCUUCCUUUUUCGGGGGUUAGUUAAAACUUAAAACAACUGGUAUAUCAUUAAGCAUGGAAAUUACGAGAGCUGCGAUUACAAUUGAUACUUCGCCUAAGUAUUUAUACUACGAUGAUGACAAAAGAUGAAGUUUAUGAGUGUAGAUCUUCAACGUAGUAUUCGAAUAGUACCAAAUCUUUCAAUUUGUGGUAGAAAUGCAUGAUAUAUCAGGAUUUUUCAUAUUUUUUAAUAUGUAUUUAAUUUCUUAUUAUCAUAAGUGGUAUUUUCGGGCUUCAAACGGGUGUACAUAAUAAAGAAUGUAACGAGCUUGUGAAGAAUAAAAUAUUUUAAUUUUG